ACGCCACCUUCAUCAUGACUUUUACACGCUCAGAGUUCGAUGAGGUUUGCAAGAAAUUCAUACAAAACCGUGGCCACCAUACGCUGGACAAAGGGAAGCUUGGCUGGUCAUGGAGAGAACACGCUUAUAUGCCAGGAUUCGGGUACAUGGAACGUGUCACAUCCCUCCGCAGGCACCGAAAUGCGACUGGAAUUGACGUUGGAAUGGUUCCGGACAAUAUGGAAGAAAGUUCGUUGGAAUCCGUUGACAAUGCUAGCGCUGCUGCCACGACAUUGACUGGUGAAGUCCUUUGCCACCAAUACGUUGUGUUGUCACCGACAUUCAAAGUACCUACAUUCUACUUUUCUGUGCAUGACUUCAGCGGUGCACCACUCACUUUGACAGAGGUGCUGCAGCUACCCCUGUUUCGUAGAGACGCGUUCGAAGGGGCGCAAGUGACAACUUUCUCUGUCCAACAGUCGAGUGCGAGUUUUCCCUUACUUUCCUUUGGCGACCACCCCGCCCUCAAUGUGCACUGCUGGUACUUGCACCCUUGUGGGACCAGCGCUGCCGUGGAAGAAAUCCUAGAUAACAGCUGUCACUUGGGGUGGUUAGAGGCGUGGUUUACAUUGCUUAGUUCGCUGCUAGACUUGCGCGGAUAACUACGGACACCUUACAAAGUGCCCUUAGAGAGAGAUUCACAUGACACAUUGCCGUAGCCGCGUCCCGGAUCUAAGUUGAGGUCCCU